AUGCUUGUCUCAGCCUCGCCUAGUAGACUAGUAGUAGUAGAGCCUAUCCUCGCCCCUGCUUCUGUCCACAGCCGCUACUUUCACAGAUGUCUGUCGCGCUCAUUUCACAGCUCCGUCCGGUCUAAUUUCUCUGCUCAGUCUGUACCUGAAGCACUCACGCUCUUCAAGACCGCUGAAGGCGCUAAUGCCUUGAUUGCUCUCAGCAUGGCGUCCUCUACAUUGUAUUUCCUGCCUUACAAGAAGUGGUUCCAAAAGAGUACUUGGUCACGCCGUCUGUUCGUGUCUUUCCCUAUCUUCCUUAUAAUACUUCUGCUUGUGGUCGUCGUUGAGAGGGCUCCAAACACAGGCCGAUGGCGUUUUUUCCUAACUUACUCACAGGGCUCCCAAGAAGGGGGGAAGGAGCAGAAGAAUGAGAACAACGAAGAAAAAUACAAGGAAAAAUGGGAUGAGGAUGGAAAAAAAAGUGAGGAGAAGUUGCAGGAGGAAGCUUUCAAUGCUGCCUUUGGAGACCAACUUAUUAAGGAUCCGAAUGAUGAGCGUGUUAAACUAGUGGAGCAUAUAUUCAAAAACUUGGUGGAAGGCGCAAUCCAUGAAGACGGAGUCACGCUCAAGUCAUUUCUGUGUGACCUCAGGGAAAUCGAGGCCCCUAAGGGCUACGAGAGAGCUGGCUCAGCAAAGGUAGAGUGUUGUGAAUACAAUGGCGAGAAUAACACGAAAACCAUCAUCAUUACUAGUGAUGGAAGUAGCCCUGACCUUGCCGAUCCUAAAUCGGACACUAUUACAGAACCGGAAGGUAGACAUCAGAAGAAGCCAAGGGAUGCAAUACGUAUCAACGUCUCAAAAGACGGUGAGCCCAAUGCAGUAACCCUGCCUAAUAGAAGAAUUAUCGUCUAUGAUGGGUUGCUGAAAAUGGUUAAUUACAAUGAAGACCUUGUCGCUGCUGUAAUAGCACAUGAACUUGCUCAUGUGAUCCAGGACCAUAUCCAAGAGAGCAAGGGACAGCAGACACUUUCCCAUAUCCUCAGUAUGGGCGUCUUUGGAGUAAUAUGGGCCAAGCUCAAGUGUUUAGGGCCUUUUGCUACCAACCUGGUGGGCAAUCUACUUCCAACGGCAUUCAAUAGCGCCUUAAUAGCCAACCAUUGGCGUCAAGGAAUUGAACGCGAGGCUGAUAUGGUUGCACUUAGGAUCAUGGCCUGUGCGGGUUAUGACCCUAUCCAUCUUGCUCGCUUCUUUGAUAUCCUCGCCCGGCUUGAAGAGUACAAACUCUUGCAAUACUCGGAGCAAGAAGGGCUGUUCUAUCCAUCAAGAGACUGGAGGGUUGCGACAAGACACAUGGCAUUCCCUGUAUCUAUCAAUGCUGAUGCCAUGUCUGAUGGUCGGAUUGCAUUGCCAACCGAUGGAUUAUGGCAGCCUGAUUGUUUCCCUAUAAUAGGCUUUGGCGACCUUCACGAAAGACUUUGGGACCAUUCUUCUUUCUCACCCUCCGCUUGGGAUUCUAUCGCAGCCGCAGUAAUUCAAGAGGGCGUAGAGCACAAGGAUUUCAGUUUGUUUUUAUCGACAUCCUCCCUCUCGAUGGAGGAACAGAACAAAGUCCUCAAGGAACACGCAGAGUCGCGUUGGUGGGAGAGCACCCAUCCUGGCCCUCGGAAUCGACAGCAAUAUCUUACUAAGGCCAUGUAUGAUGUCCGUGAAAAGUUUAGAAAAUCUGAAAAGUUGCGUGUGGCGCCCAUCAUGCGCUUCUUUUCCAAGGAAUGGGACCAAAGGCAGAAGCAUAUCAUUGCCGCCAUGAGUAUAGACUGCAAAAGGGAGGAGAACAGGGAUUGA